AUGUCUACCGAGUCAAGGCCAAUCACGGCUGCACGGUUCGCAGCCGCGCUCACCGAACUCCCAAUCUCCUCACUAUACGCAAAGCACGCCGAGCUGUCCAACAACAUUACACAUCUUGAGUCAAGCAACAAGCAGCUAGAAGAUUAUGCACGAGAAAACGACGAUCGCGACUGCUACGAGGCACUGCUCGAGAACCGACAGGUUAUGAAGACUUUCAACGAGCGCAUGGACAUGAUCAGGAAAGAGGUCGAAGAGGUGCGCAGUUUACCUUGGAGGCCUAGAGAUGAGGGCGAGGUCAGGAAAGAGGAAGGCAAUAUUGGACUGAAUGGCAUAACGCCACUACAAAAUGGCACAAGCCCGACUGCACCAACUGGUCAGGCGGCACAGGAGCAGACAAACGGCGCUUCAGCGCAGGCUGAGGAGGACGAGGAGGGUGUGUACCUCUGA